UCCAGGAGGAGUAAGUGUUCAGUUCGCACGCCUUUAUUUACUGACUUCCAGAACUCUCGUCUGCCGACCGACAAGAAUAUUUUGUCACUUCACUAUUUCCUCAAAAACUCUCAAGCUUCAACUGUACAGCUGAAUACAGAGACUAGCUAAUUUUGCAGACGAGACUGAUUUGACUCAGUUUUUGCUGCCGGUGAUGGUUUGGGCCAUGCCGGACCUGAAGAAGUACUUCACGGAGGGUUUGAUCCAAGUGGCUAUUCUUCUCAGUCUGGCUGGGAUGCGCGUGGAUGUGGAUCCCUAUUUGCCUCCUUUUAGCGAAAUCAUUCUGGGUCCAAGUUCAGCUCUCACUCAGACUCAGUUCCACAAUCUUCGAAACAUCCUAGAUGGAUACAACGUGCACCCAAAAAGCGUAGACUUAGAUGAGUUCAUCACAGCCCGCAGGCAUCUGAGUUGGGUCCGAUCGCUUGACCGUCUUCAAGUGCCAGCGGCAGAGUUGGAAGCCUGGUUGGUCCACAGAGAGUCUGACAAUGCAGUCUCUAUCCCCUCUCAAGUGGGCCUCCUUGAGGAAGGUGGAGGACUUGAAGAUAUGGAGGAACCCAUGAGGCUGGGAAGCGGAGGAGAACUGAGCUAUGAAGUAGCUGAGGAUCAAAGCCUUGAAGCUUUCAUGUCAAGAAGCCUCAACCAUCCAGAUGACGAUGAACUCCUUAAAGAGGAAGAUGCGGAGUCUUUCUUCUGGGAGCAGGACCCUCCGCAAAAUAUCCACCAAGAGCAGUCAGAAAAUGGAAGAACCCAACCUAACUUGCUUAAUGACGAAGAAGAGGAAGAGGAUGAGUUUAUGGUGGAGAGCUGGAGAAAUUUAAAUCCAUUUCACAACCAGAUGCUGGAGGAGGAUCUAGAGUUGUCAGGUGUGAGAGACGGCUCUUCUCUUUGGCCUCUCAUUGAUUCCAGCUUGCUCUCAGAAGAAGAUCCAGAGUUGACAGGUCCUGGUGUACAGAACGCAGGAGAACAUGCACUUCAGUUUCAGAGGUCUCUCAUCUCACCCUUGUUGCCUGAACAGGAAUCCACAUUUAGCUUAGAGCAACAAUGGCAAGAUGUUUUGUCUAUCAUGGAAUCACAGGUUAUGAAUACAACAGAAACAAUAGAGGACUCUCUUGGCAACAUCAGUGAUUCAGACAGGAACACUGGAUCCAUAGAAAAUGUCAUUCAUCAAGAUAUUAGCCUUAAUCAAGCCACUCUGCCAAGAUUCCCUGAAACACCAAACAGCACCAUGCCAAACAUCAAUCUGGACACUUCCUCUAAUGCAGAAGCUUUUGAAGACUCUGAUAUCAUAGAGCUCCUCAUGAACGCUGGCUCUGAUCUACCAAGCCCAUUAGAUCCUCUGCUGGAGGAAGCCAUGCUUGAUGAGAUUGCACUAAUGGAUUUGGGGCUGGAAGAACUUGGACAAACACAAUUUGAAGAGCAGAACCAAGCAGAUUCUGACUCUGGUUUAUCACUAGACUACAGCCAAAGUCCUUCGUCCCCUUGUGGAUCUGAAUCCUCCAGUUCCUCAUCAUCAUCUUCAUGCUCUUCGUCAUCCUCAAAUUCAACCCAUAGUUUGGUUCCCGAUGAAGACGCUGUGGGAUACAGUCAUAUCAAAGAAGAGGAUGGCGCAGUGGGCGGUUUCAUGCCAGAACAAACCAAAAUGUGCCAGUCAAGCUUUUUGGAAACCAGGCAAUUCCACCGUCUUCCUUGCCUCGAGCACAUUGGACACGAUCAUACCUACAACCAACCUCAAAGCCAAAGAAAACCACCAAAAGAUUUCUUUGAAGAGUCAACAGAAGACAACGCAUUGGAGCAUCUCUCCAGUCGGGACGAAAAGCGCGCACGCUUGAUGAACAUCCCAUUCUCAAAUGAACGCAUCAUCAACUUAAACGUGGAUGAGUUCAAUCGCUUGCUAGAAAAAUACCAUCUCAGUGAAGCUCAGCUCACGCUAAUCAGAGACAUUCGCCGUAGAGGCAAAAACAAGAUGGCGGCUCAGAACUGUCGCAGAAGGAAGUUGGAUGUCCUAGUGGAAUUGGAGCAUGGUGUGGACAGUCUGAGACGCCUCCGAGCCAAACUGCUCAGGGAAAAGUCAGAGAUCUCUUGUUCCAUCAAAGAAGUUAAGCAGCGUCUUAAUAGCCUGUAUGAAGAGGUGUAUGAGAGACUAAGAGAAGAACAAGGAUUGCUCUACUGCGACAAUAACUUUACUCUGCAGCAAGGCAGAACUAGAAAUGCAGCAUCACAAAACAGAUCAGAUUCACAGUCCAGACGCAAACUUAGCAAAAGGCAAAAGCACAAGUGAGAUGGAAGACAUGUGUAAUGCCGAGGCUCAGGAAAAACACUGUCUGCUGUUAAGUCCAUCAGCUGGUUUACCACAGUUCAAUGGCAAUUUGCAUCAGGUAGGGUAUAUUUACCCAAGAGAUUAUCCCAAUUGUGCAGGGACAUAACAUGACUUGACCGAACUUGAAGUUUCAUAAUGGUUUGAUCUAAAGGGCCAUACUAUGAAUUUCCUUUCAAGGUAAAGACACCGAUAAGCAUACUGUAUGAGAAAACAAACAUGCAGUUUGUGAGUGAGGUUGACUUAAGUCGAAGAAAGCAGACUGAUCUUCUUAUUCUAGGUUCACACUAAACGUGGAGCACUACAUCUGUCUUUCUAGUUUACUUGAGAGGUUUUUCACCCUUAGCAAAUUUUGAGGGUUGAAUUAUUUGAACUGGUGUGGAAGAGACUGAAGCAAAUUCUGGUGCAUUUGUGCCGCCCAGUGGAAAUUAACACAUUUGCAUUGAGUUGCAUCAUGAUACUUGCAAUAAUACAAAUUUCGCUUUUGACGUGUUAACCCAGUGUAAGGGCCAGAGAGGGAAAAUGGUCAUAAAAGCUAAAAUAUGACUCAAGAAACACAUUAUGAAAUCAUAUUUGUUUUUUUAUGGAAUAUUGCAGUUUGUAAACCAGACUACAUUGUGCUGUUUGUUCAACUUUUUUUUAAAAGUUCAUUUAAUUUGAGCAUUAUUCGUUCAACUUCCCCUGUAUCGCAAUGACAUAUCUUCUUUAAAGGGACAAAAAUGUAUUCCUUUUACCUCUCAUUAGAUACCAUUUGAGCUAUUAGUCUGCAAUUUAUGCUGAUAUGAAUACAUGAAAUCUACUCUCAAUAAUAAAUAGUUGCAUUCAACAGAAUAAUAACAAGACUACAACCUCACAUACUCGUAAAACUCAAACUUGUAAACUGGGACUUAUUAGUGAGGACCUUUUUAAAUCAUGAUUUAUGAUUAUCACUAGACUACAGCCAAAGUCCUUCGUCCCCUUGUGGAUCUGAAUCCUCCAGUUCCUCAUCAACAUCAUAAUUAUGAAAGGGAAUGGACAUUUUAUCCAUCUUCCGACAAAUUGCAACUUCUGCUUCAUCCUAAUAGUUUAAAAAAAACUAACUGGGCAACAAAGACAUACUGGAAAUUGUUCCCGAUUAGAAAAUGGUAUGUUAUGCUUGGAAUCCAAGUUUUGAUCCAUUUUGGUUUAAUACAAUUGUUGAAGCAUAUAAAAGUAUACGAUGAAAAAGUAUUAUUUAGUUUUACAAGGUUUCUGCAGGUUUCACAAAGUCGAAAUUAAGACUUUUCAUACUUAUACAAGGCUAAACCCUAAAAGGAUUUUCACUUGUCCAAUUAAAAAUUCUAACUACUUGAAUAAUACUUAAUGUAUCAAAAAAGAGCAAACCAUACAUACAUUUCUUUCAAUAUAAUGUUUUCUUUUUUUUUAAUGACAAACUAGAAUGUACAACAGUCUGUCCAGGUCCAGUCUGUCAGUGUCCUCACCACAUAUGGUCUAUAAAUACUUGGGAGAACAUACAAAUGUUAUUGUGAGAAAGAUAAUUAAUUUAUGGAAAACAUUGUUAUAGAGAAUUUUUUUGGAGAUAGAUUGUUGGCGACUAUGUGUGUUGGUCUGACUGGGUAGUUUUACAUGAAGAUUUAAAAUGAAAGACCCAUUUGAUAAUUUAAACCUACAAGUCAAUAUUUUAGUGAAUUUAAGACUUUUUAAGGCCUAAAAUGUUUUUGAAAUGGACUUUAAGACCCUGCGGACACCCUGUUUUAAACAGGAUUAUCAUUCUAUGGAAAACAAGGUUAAUUGAUUUUUGCCCCUGUAUGUUUUAAGAGAAAAGUAGUUCUGCCUUUGAGUUUGUGUUUUAUAAAAGACUGUGUUACUGUAACUCAUUGAUGAAAUUCUAUGUGAUUUCAUGCAUUUUUUUUUCUUGUAAAUAAUUUAAAACUUUUUAUAUUGAAUUAUGUAUAUUGUGUUAAAGGUUUUGCAGUGAAAUUAAGUUCUUCCUUCUAAUUAAAUGCUGUUUAUUUAUUGUCCUGAUUUGUCCAUUUUUCUUUUCUUUAAAACAUGAGCUUGCUAUAACAAAUACAUUUUGAAAUGAUCUCUAACAAAUUAAACAAAAGUUUAAUUU